GUUUUGACCGGUUUGGUGCGGACCAUGAGUUGUGGGGAAUUGUCCAUGCCGGGUAGUCAGCGAUUUGAAGAGUAUAAUUUGUAGCACUAAGAACGCUUGUGCCUCUUCACUUUAUGGUUUCACACGAUGUUCCAGAACAAUAAGUUUGGCGCAACGGGCGGUGGAGGGAAUUUGUUUGGAACACAGACACCUCAGAAUCAAUCACUGGCUAGCGGUAUGUUUCGCACCCCAGGCCUAGGCGGUGCCACCGCAACCACUGGUGGACUUGCCGGUCAGGCGCAGGCAGCACAGCCACAGCAGCAAACUGGCGGCGGUCUCUUUGGCCAGAACAAUACAGCAACGGCGGGUGGACUGUUUCAGUCUCAGACUCCACAAAGUGGCAUAUUUCGUACACCAGGCCUGGGCGGUGCCACCGGAACCUCUGGUGGACUUUUCGGCCAGACUCAGGCAGCUCAGCCACAGCAGCAACAAACCGGCGGGGGUCUCUUUGGCCAAACCAAUACUGCAGCGGCAGGUGGUCUUUUUCAGUCACAGACUCCCCAGCAGAGCGGUGUGAUCGGUGGUGGAGGUAACAUCUUCCAGACACCAACCAGUCAAGCAACUAACUCGCUGUUUGGGGGUGCUAAAGCACAGCAGACCACAACACCAUUUGGCAACACGUUUGGUGCAGCAACAGCUCAGAAUGGCACAGCUCAACCUGCAUUCAAGGCUCCCCAGCAGUCUGACACGGUCACCAAAAACAAUCGUACCCAGACCAUUCAGACUAGAUUCCAGACCAUCUCUUCGAUGAAGGAGUAUAGCGGCAAAAGUUUGGAAGAAUUGCGACUUGAGGAUUACGUGGCAAACCGCAAGGGGGCCCAAGGUGGAGCCGCAGCAGGUGGUCUGUUCGGUGCCCAGCAGCAACAAGCUGCGGCAGGAGGGCUUUUCGGACAGCAGACAAGUCAAGCUGGAGGCUUGCUGGGCCAACAAUCAACCGCGGGUGGUGGCUUAUUUGGUAACCAGCAACAGCAGCAGCAACAGCAAGCUGCUGCUGGUGGCCUCUUCGGCAAUCAGCAAAAGCAAGGCACAACUCUAUUCGGUCAGACCUCUGCAGCAGCUGGACUGACCUCCCAGGCUGGAGGCAUCUUUGGUCAGGCUGGCCAACAGCAGCAGCAGGCCGGUGGGCUCUUCAAUCAACAAGCAGGUCAGCAGCAGCAAGCGGCUGGCUUGUUUGGCCAGCAACAGCAGACCCAGCAGCAGGCUGGUGGUCUGUUUGCAGGCCAGAAGACAGGACUAACUGGCCUUGGCACGACAGGCCAGACUGGUGGUCUCUUUGGUGGUGCGCAGCAACAGCAAGGGCAGACUGGCCUCACCCUGGGUGGAGGCGCUGCUGGAGGCUUAUUUGGCAACAAAACUGCCGCAGGAGGUCUUACACUGGGUGGUCAGACACAGCAAGCAGCCGGCGGUAUUGGACUGGGCGGAGCGGCUGGCGGCGGCUUGUUUGGCAACACGGCGGCUGGUGGCUUGACCGGUGGCCUUGCUGGAGGAACGCUGGGCGGUGCCAAUCAGCUAAAGCUUGGUCAAACUGGCACUUUGGGUGGUGGCUUGACUGCCGGUGGUCUUGGUACAACCGGUGGCCUUGGUCUGACCGGUGGCCUGGGAGGACAGGUGGGUGCGACGGGGCUAGGAGGCACUGGUCUCAAGCUGACCGCCGGCGCUGGUCUCGGCGGAGGCAUGGCCGGAUUCAGCUCCAUCGGUGGCGCCACCAGUACAACCAACAGCGCCAGCAGCCAGGUGACAUCCCUGGGUACAGAUGCAGCCACCGCUGCUCAGCAGCAAGCACAGCUGCAACUUCAACUCGCCACGCUGCAUAACUCGCCCUUUGGAGAUUCACCGCUUUUCAAAACUGCCCUGCAGGAUGCAAAGAAGUGGAGCAAGGAUCAGCCAACCCCAGCAAGCAAAUCCUCUACUACUACUCCAUCCCAUAUGAAGGUCAGCUCCAAGGCAGUAGCUCGCCUCCGUCCUCAGCCACUGGUGAGCCGUCCUGCAGCAAAGGCCCAGCUCUUUGAUGGCUUGGAGAGUGAUGUACCCGGAACUUUGUCAUCUCCGGACUUGUUCGUCCCUCGGUCCAGCGUGAAAAAGCUAGUCAUCAAGCCAAAGGCUGCAUCAUCGCCAUCUGACUCAGUCGCAGCGUCUGCAUCUGGAACGCCUUUGCGCAACUCUACUCCAUCCACGGGCAGAGAUGAUGUCACUGAGGCCAGCAUGCCCACUAUGCAUAUGAGCGACGCUGCCUACCCCCAGACACCGCUUGGUACAAUGGGCUUGAUAUCGCCUCCACAGCAACAGCAGCAGCAGACAUCCAGCACAAGCGGUGGCAGCACACGGCAGGCGGCUGACGACAGCGUCACUAGUUUGGGAAACGACGACUCGUUCCGCAGGCCAAUCCGCCGCUCGGGUCGACCAGCCAAUGUGUCCGUGACCCAGGCAUCACCACAAUCACCUCGGUCUGGAUCGAACUUGAACGACAGCAUGGUUACUUUGGCCAGAGGCGAUUAUUACACGGAGCCACCGCUCGACGAACUGGCCGCCAUGGUGAACGGAGACGGUCGCCUGGUCGUGGACAAGUUCACCAUUGGGCGUGAAGGUCUGGGAGAGAUUUACUACCCUGACACAACCGACCUGACUGGUGUCAAUCUGGACGAAACUGUAUUCAUUUGCCAAAGCGAAGUCACUGUCUACCCGGACGAUGAAAGGAAACCUGAAGUUGGCGAGGAGCUGAACAAGCCUGCUAUUAUCACGCUGCAUGGAGUCUGGCCCAAUGACAAGUCCACAGGACAAGCUAUCAAGAGUCCCAACCGCCUGGAGAUCAUGAACUACCGUAACAAGGUGAUGAAGUCCACUGCCAAGAUCGGGGCCGAGUUCAUUGAUUAUCGUGCUGAAUCUGGUUCCUGGGUGUUCAAGGUUGAACAUUUCUCCAAGUAUGGUUUGCCUGAUGAGGAUUCCGAUGCUGAAGAUGAGAGUGCGGCACCACUCAAGAAGAAGAAGGCGCUACAGUCAUCAGAUCCACGCAUUGCUAGCCUCUUGUCCACCAAGCAAGGAGACCAGAAGCCAGAAUCGUCGGGCUUGCUGCCAUUGAUCCCAUCGAAGACUGCUAAGACCCAUGGCCUAGACACCGAGGAAGACACUGAUGGCAUGAUGGCCACACAUGAGCACACAGGCACUUCGGAGGCGACUAAGGAGGCGUCCGUGAACUCCUCAUCCAGGCAUUUUGCCGCCUCGAUUGGACUAAACCCGCACCGUGUUCAGCUGAUGAAAGCCUCGUUUUUCACUGAAGAGGGCGAUGAAGAUGGUAUGGAUAUCACACUGGGUGCUGCACCAUCUUCCUCCCAAGUCUACCAGCCAUCCUCCGCCAGCGAUCGUGGCUUGUUUGCCUCUAAUGGCAGUGAUGAAUCUCCUGGUAACCAAAGUAUGGUAAUGCGUCCGGGGGCAGCUGUUGCCCUGUCUCCCUAUCGACGCACAGAUAGUCCACGCAUGGCAGGAGAUGAUCGUCAGCAGCAACACGCGUCGUCCACGCAGCUUCCCUUCCUGGCACCGGAGUCGUCUUCCAAGCUGACCGCUCACCGAUCAGCUCUCACCCCGCGCAAAACAUUGCUUGGUGGUGGUGGCAGUGGGGCUGCUGGCAGCAUGUCACGUCUUCAACAACAACAGCAGCAGCCACAGCAUACUGGCCUGCAGGCGGACAUUAUCGGCAGUCCCAUGCCCGCACACAUUGCCCGCCUGCCCAUCCUGCCGUCCGGACAAGCGCAGGGCACUGGUCCGCGUAACGAUGCACUGUCUGUUGCCUCCGCACAGCGCUGUCUUCUCCCUGUGCCUGCCGAUCAAUCAAUCACUAGCGGCAAGAUAAAUGUUGUUUCCGACGCUGGACUCAUGUUUGGCCGUUCAUUUCGUGUUGGCUGGGGACAAGGCUGGCGUCUUGUUCACUCCGGUAGCGCUGUAAGCAGUGCAAACAAGGCAACAGCCACCAGUGAAAACCGCCUAUUGACUAUGAUGGGCAAGGCGCCGAUAAGCCAGUCUUCGUCGUACUGUGUGCAGAUUGAGCAGCUGCAUGCCUCUCCUCAGCUGCAGAACAGCAGUGCGGCCAAGGAGCGCAUCACACGCUCCAUGCAGAUUCAGCUCGACUACACGGACGUGUCGACGGACACCAGCGUACCACACCUGACUCCAGUGAAUGGCGUGGAGGCACUGGACUGCCAUGCCACAGAAGCAAAGCAGCGCUUUGAUGGCGCUGCAAACGAUGAAAAGACGGGACUGGAGUACAGUGCACAGGUCUGGGCGUUGACCUCAGCUCUCUGGGGCAAGCUGUCAUCGGCAAACGAACUUGGCGGCUCACCUGACACAGGUGGCAUGGAUACUGGCUUGAGUCUGUCCGAGUCGUACGGCGAACGCAUGGCCCGUCGCCGUGCCGUGUCCCAGUGGCUCAGCUCCGUCACGGCGAAAGAUAUUGGCAGUGUUGUGCAGUAUGCGGCUAGCAGCCAGGUGGAGGAGAGCUACCUGAACGCACUGUUUGCCUUGCUGACUGGUCAGCAGAUAGCAGCUGCGGCACGGCUAGCUAUUGACCAUGGUGACACAAACCUUUCGCGCUUGAUCAGCCAGUGUGUGGGUUCCUCUAGUUUCAGAGAGAACGUCGCCAUUCAGUUACAGCAGUGGAUGGAGAGAAAGACUGACCGCUUCUUGUCACAAGAACGUCUGCGUAUCUAUUGCCUGCUGGCCGGUCUGAUGGUGUGGCAAGGGUCUGACUCGUCCGUCUACGCUUGUGCGUGCGAUGGUGUUGACUGGCGCAGAGCAUUUGCUGUACAUUUGUGGUAUGCCGCUCCUUAUGAAGCGUCCAUUGCUGAUGGGUUUCAGCGGUAUCUGCAAGCUUUCAAGGGCUACAGUGACGAAGAUGGUCGAGUUUCGCAGCCUGCUUAUGCCGUCGCUCCGGAUCCACACUAUUCCGCAGUAAAGGUGUCGUCGCCGUCAGCGACUGCGGACGAUGAUGUGUACGGCGACGGUUCGUUCCACGUGCGCGACAUGCACUUUCACUUGCUACGCCUGUACAGCAAGCAGACCCAUCGCUUGCAGCGGACACUGGACCCCGCUACCCACACUUCGUUUGUGCUGGACUAUCAGCUCAGUUGGCCUCUGUUCUGCGUGCUGAAGAGCCUGAACUAUGAGCACAUGCCCACGUCACUGGUCUCUCGGCUCCACUGUGACUUUGCUAGUCAACUGCUAGCGCUGGACAUGUGGCCAUGGGCAAUUAUGGUUGCUCUUUUCAUUCCACAACGCCAGCUGCGGCAGAGCUUUGUGCACGAGAUUCUGCACCGGUAUUGUCGACUGACUGAGACGUCUGAUCUCACCGAGGAGGACGAAUUCAUAACGGAGCAACUAUCGGUACCGGCCGAAUGGAUCCACCAGGCUAAGGCAGUGCGUGCUCGCUACGAAGGCAAGCACCUGCUAACUGCUCAGCAUCAUCUGCUGGGUGGUCAGUGGAUGGCAUGCCACGGCGUGAUCAUCAAGCACAUUGCCAGCUCGGCCAUAGUCAAUGGUGAUACCAAUGCACUGUUAUCCAUGUUGGAGGAGCUCGAGCCACUGUACCGCAGUGCGAUGAUUCCAGGCUGGAACAGAGCUGGCCAGGUCUAUCUGGACUACCUGCGUCUCUGUCAACGCAUGCUUUCAGGCACUGAGAGUAGCAGUCGUCAGGAUGAGCUCAACGCCGACGUGGUCACAUUGUGUACCCGAUUGGAGCACUUGCCUGUGCGCACUCCUCUGGAUCGCCUUUGCCAGGCUAACAUGGCUAAGACCUGCUCGCAAUUCAUCAAGCCCGCGAACACCUUCCCGCUGCUGCAGUCCCUCUCCUGGUGUGAGCAUGGCCACAUUGGCUUGCUGUCCACGGCUGUUGCAGCUAAUAUUCCCGUCGUGUGAUUUUGUUCCUUGUCAUCUGGAGAAGCAUGUAGUGUCGUGGAGUACAGAGUUAUCUUCAGUGUUUUGUUUGCCACACUGUUGAGGCCAUUGUCGCCGCUGCUGUAUUUCCCCAAUCAGUUCUGUUUAAUUUGUUUUUGUUUGUUUUUACCUAAGAUUAUAUUUUUGAAUCCAUGAAACCCAACUAAUAGUAAUGCCAUAAGGUCAUAACUCGUCGUGUGUUUUGUUUACACGCACACAUAUUCCACUCUCUGCCCUGUUUUUUUGUAUUGACCUAUUUGGUCGUGAUUGCCCCCUUGCCAUUUCCAGGUCAUGUGAUCUGCUUGAAUGCCUUUUUCUUGUAGUUACCCCUCAUAGCUCAUGCCUGCGGUUGAUAGUGCAGCUGUUGUAGUUCUCUGCCAUAACUCUGCUGUAUCCUUGGGUGCGUUACUUCUAUCCUCAAUGGGAGGCAUCGCAGUGCCUUCUGGGAUCAUCUCAGACUUCACACAAUCAUGCUGUACACACUGUGUAGUGACCAGUGACUGAUCUUCCGCCGUCGUCACGUACUUGCUUUUUGCUUCGAACACAGCCUUUUAUUUUGUCUUGCCUCCUGUUGGUGUUCUUUCUAUUCUGUGGAGCUUGUGUCCCUCUGUUUGAUCUUAUCAGCUGUGUAGUUUUGAAUAAAAGAUUGCGUGUCUGAACUGCUUCAGGCUUGCAUGCCUGAACUGACCACCCAAGUA